AGCCUAUGGAAGAGCACACACCGCUUUCUUUCGUUUCAGGAAAAAAAAUCUGUAUUCUUUCGAACCCCCAAAGCUUGCUGUGUCUUGCUGACUUUUCUCUUUCUCUCUCCUCCCCCUCUUCCUCUCUCUUUAUCUCUCCUCCAAAGGGUGUUCAAUCUUUCCCAUGGCGCUUCUCAAUCUCACAACCUCCUUUCGAUCGCCUCUUUGAAGCACAGGCAAAGGAGGGAGAUUUUGUCGCUCCAAUUUUCUCGAUUUCCCCACUUGAAAUAAGCUCAAGCUUCACCUAAAUGCAAAAAAUAAAUCCCUCUUUCUCUCUCUCUCUCUUAAGCAAGUCGGCUGCAAUUCGCCUAUUUCAAUUUCAGGUUUCUUUCUACUUGUAUCUUUUUUGAAGAUUUUUUAGUUUUGAUGUGUUGAGUUGAUUUGUGUAACUUUCUGGGUUUUCCGAAUUGUUCAAUUUUUUUGUUUUAAAGUUAGUUAAUUUGGAAAUUUUACGAAUUUUAGAUUAUUUAGUUAUCUUUAUCUAUCUGGGGUUAUCUUGUUCGGACGAAAUUCGGUCUUUUCUGGGCCAAUCUUGAUUUGAUGGGAAAAGUUAGGUUUUGUCUUUAAUUUUGGGUUUUCAGCUGAAUUUGUAGGAGAUUUGCUCUGCUAUAUGGUUGAAAUUAAGAAUUUUGAUUGGAUUUUGGGCAUAAUUAGGGCAAGUAGAGAGUAGAGUAAAAAUAAAUCCCUAAUUGGUGUUUGUCUGAAAAGUGAUGGGUGAUCGAACGGAUGAUAUGAUGAAUUUAGACUUAAAUUUAGGACCUGUGUCUCCAGCGUCGCCUGUGUUAGGUGCAGGAACAGGGCCGUCAUCAGGGGAAUCUGUGAACGUUGUUGGGUGGGAAUCACCUUAUUUUAGGGAAGCUAUUAGGCAAAGAAGUAGGCAUAGGUGGCGUUGGAGACAAAGUCAGCUACCACUUGGACCUCAUUCUCUGAGAUUGAUGGUUGAUUCAGAUAGUAAUGGUAGUGAUCCUGGUGUUGAUGAGGAGGAUAAUGGUGGGACAUUACUAGCUGGGGAAGGGAGUGUUACUGCUGAGCUACGAAGCCAUCAAGUGGUCAAGACUUGUGAGAAUAAUGUGAUUCCUGUGGAGAAGGAUUUAGUUGCUGAUAAGGAAGACAUUGAAAAGCCAAACUCGGAGGAGGGAAGUUUUUUCGAUUGUAAUAUAUGUUUUGAUUUGGCCAAAGAACCUGUUGUUACUUGUUGUGGCCAUUUGUUUUGUUGGCCAUGCAUAUAUCGAUGGUUGCAUAUUCAUUCAGAUGCCAAAGAAUGCCCUGUCUGCAAAGGAGAAGUUUCACUUAAGAAUGUAACUCCAAUUUAUGGACGUGGGAACCACAUCCAUGAACCAGAGGAGGAUGCAGGAAUCAAGGUCCCUGUGAGGCCCUCAGCACGCCGAGUUGAGAGCCUGAGGCAAACUAUUCAGAGGACAGCAUCAUCUUUUCCCAUGGAGGAGAUGAUUCGGCGUCUUGGAGCUCGUUUUGAAUUGACCAGGGAUUAUUUUCAGCACGCAAAUGCAAAUGCUAAUGCGGAUGGUGAUUCAGACUUGCCUACAAGGGCAUCAAUCCUGAAUAGGUUUAUGACUACUCGAGCAUUGCGUAGGGAACAAAGGGAACAAAAUCCUCCCAUACCUCCUGAAGAAGUGGUUGAUUUAACACAGGAUAGACCUGAGAUCAUUAUACCUCGCAGGCUUCCACCUUUGACUUAUAGAAGAGGGCAGCUGCACAGAAGUGGUGCUACUCUCUCACCUGCUGCUGAUAGGUAUGUUGAAGCAUAUUUUCAUCGGUCUCCACCAGGAAGGAGCCAAGAGCUGCAGCCACCAUCAGUGGAUGACCGGGACUCUUUCUCAAGCAUAGCUGCUGCUAUUCAUGGAGAGAGCCAAACAAUGGAUACAGCUGUUGAAAUAGAUUCACUGGUGUCCCUCUCUACAUCAACUUCAAGACGGAGACAUGAUCCUUCUAGAACCUCUGAUAUGGAUAGUGGCGAUUCUCGUGCUCCACGGAGGAGGAGGCUGAACUAGAUGAAGAGAAACAACAAAGCUCCGUUUUAAAAUCAACAAUACAGUUGAGUUAUAUGUAGUCCCUUGUAAUUGUCUUUUCUUUGUUGACUUUAAUUUACUAUGUAACGGACUUUCUUAUUUCAAUAAUUAAUUGUAGGGAUGUGUACUUGAGUUACACAACUUGUUUCUA